AUGGAGGCGAAACAAGAAGAAAGCUCCCAAGAGCAUCUGGCGAAUGAGGUUAAGAAGUUGCUGUCUCCUUCACCAGUGGGAGUCGAGGUUCCUCUAUCUUCAAAAUUCACUUGGGUAAUUAAGAACUUCUCUAAGUUGAAAACUAAAAAACAUUACUGUGAUGUUUUCACCAUUGGUGGUUAUAAAUGGUGUAUGCUGAUUUUUCCAAAGGGAAACAGUAUAGACCAAUUAUCGAUGUACCUUAAUGUUGCAAAUCCGGCUACUUUGCCGUAUGGGUGGACUGUAGCAAUAAUUUGGAAAGAUGCAGUACAUCAAUUUACUGUAGGAGAACCUGAUUGGGGUUUUACAUCAUUCAUGCCUCUUAGUGAACUCUAUGAUCCUGGUAAAGGAUAUCUCGUAAAUGAUACUUGUAUUAUUGAAGCAGAGGUUUUUCCUGGUUACACCGCUUGUUCAAAGUUAAUGCCAAACCCUAUACCAGCAACACAUUCAGGUGAAACAGUGUCCUUGCCCUGUUGGAAGUUAAACCAAGAUACGAUUCCAGAGUUUAAGAAAAAGCUUAAAAAAGGUAUGUUGCUGCUGCUCCGUGAAGAAGGCGCAAGGUAUGCUGUUGUUCCGAGAUCUGGUGCCUGUCAAGAUGUGUCCAUGUGGGUCUUUGCAAAGGAACGAGAAGAGAAGUUUAUUAAAAGUUUGAAGCUUUACGUGAAGAAAAGAGUUGUUGCUGGUCAGGAGAUCAAAGAGUUGCGAGCUUUACUGCUGCUGUCUUUGACGAAGAGAUGGAGGAGAAUGCAAAAGAAGUUGUUGCUAUCAAAGUUUUCUGAUGCCGAAAAAAGUUUGAGCUUGAGAUGCUGA